AUGGAUAUAAAAAGAUUGCCAGUAAAAAUCACUGAUAUUGAUAAAUAUGGUGACACAUGUUUGGAUAUAGGAGGCGAGCCAGCUUGUCUUAUAGAGCCAAAACCUUCAUUAGUUAGUCUUGGACUUGUGUAUCUAAAUCGAAUAAAAUUAGACGACCCUUCAUGGGAGAAUAUCAUUUGUGCUAAUUUAGGAGGAAGAGACUUUAAAAGCUGCACAGAUGAUCCAAGAAUUGUGGAAAUCGCAAAGAAGCAAAUUCAAGGUAAGCUUACAAAAGCAGAUAUUGGUACAGUAUAUCCACCAAUAGAAAUAUCUGAUGAUUAG